AUGUCCUCUACUAGACCAGAAUUGAAAUUUUCUGAUGUGUCGGAAGAAAGAAACUUCUACAAGAAAUACGUAGGCUUACCGAAAGAGCCAUCAAAGACUAUCAGGUUGGUGGAUAAAGGCGAAUAUUAUACAGUGAUAGGCUCAGAUGCGAUUUUUGUUGCAGAUUCCGUAUAUCACACUCAAUCUGUUUUGAAGAAUUGUCAACUGGAUCCUAUAACAGCAAAAAAAUUUGAUGAACCCAGUAAAUAUGUAACUGUUUCUUUGCAAGUUCUUGCCACUCUGUUGAAACUAUGCUUGUUGGAUUUAGGUUACAAGGUUGAGAUCUAUGAUAGGAGUUGGAAACUAAUCAAAAGCGCAUCUCCGGGGAAUAUUGAGCAAGUUAGUGAAUUAAUGAAUAUGAAUAUAGAUUCCAGUAUCGUCAUUGCAAGUUUAAAAGUUCAAUGGAAUUCCCAAGAUGGAAACUGUGUUAUUGGAAUUGCAUUUAUUGAUACUACUGCUUACAAGGUUGGCAUGCUUGAUAUUGUCGAUAAUGAAGUAUACUCAAACUUAGAGAGUUUCUUAAUUCAGUUGGGCGUCAAGGAAUGUUUGGUGCAAGAUCUCACUUCAAAUCCAAACUCUAAUACCGAAAUACAGAAAGUAAUCAACGUACUCGAUCGUUGUGAGUGUGUCGUUACAUUAUUGAGAAACACAGAAUUUUCUGAAAAGGACGUUGAAUUGGAUUUAAUCAAGCUAUUGGGUGAUGAUUUGGCUUUAUCAUUGCCUCAAAAAUACUCCAAACUGUCUAUGGGUGCAUGCAACGCGUUGAUUGGCUAUUUGCAAUUAUUAUCAGAACAAGAUCAAGUCGGAAAGUAUGAACUGGUUGAACAUAGAUUGAAGGAGUUUAUGAAAUUGGACGCUUCUGCCAUUAAAGCUCUUAAUCUCUUCCCGCAAGGUCCCCAAAAUCCAUUUGGAAGUAAUACUUUAGCUGUCUCCGGGUUCACGAAUGCAGGUAAUACCGGUAAGAUAACUUCUCUUUUCCACUUACUAAACCAUUGUAGGACAAAUGCUGGUGUUCGACUUUUAAAUGAAUGGUUGAAGCAGCCAUUGACCAACAUUGACGAAAUCACCAAGAGGCAUGAUUUGGUUGACUAUCUAAUUGACCAAAUUGAAUUGAGACAGAUGCUUACCACCGACUUUUUACCUAUGAUUCCAGAUAUUCGUAGAUUAACCAAAAAAUUAAAUAAAAGGGGAAGCUUAGAGGAUGUCUUAAAAAUUUAUCAGUUCAGUAAGAAAAUACCCGAAAUUGUUAACCUUUUCAAUUCGUUCCUAGAGGAAGGAAGUCUUGCUGAAUCUUUAAAGGAAUUAGUCUGUUCCACUUGGUUGGCUCCUCUAAGUCACCACGUCGAACCUCUGUCUAAAUUCGAAGAAAUGGUUGAAACUACUGUCGACUUGGAUGCUUAUGAGGAAAAUAAUGAAUUUAUGAUCAAGAUCGAGUUUAAUGAAGAAUUGGCUAAGAUAAGAAAUAAAUUAGAUGCGUUGCGUGAGGAAAUUCAUUCCAUUCACUUAGAUUCUGCUGAAGAUUUGGGAUUCGAUCCAGACAAAAAAUUGAAGUUGGAAAAUCAUCACUUACAUGGUUGGUGUAUGAGGUUAACACGUAACGACGCGAAAGAAUUGCGCAAACAUAAAAAGUACAUUGAGUUGUCAACAGUGAAAGCAGGCAUCUUUUUCAGUACCAAGCAGCUAAAGUCAAUUGCCAACGAAACAAAUAUUCUUCAAAAGGAGUAUGAUAAGCAACAAUCGGCUUUAGUUAGAGAAAUUAUAAAUAUCACUUUAACAUACACACCAGUUUUUGAGAAAUUAUCUCUAGUCUUAGCUCACUUAGAUGUGAUAUCCUCCUUUGCCCAUACCUCAUCAUAUGCACCAAUACCAUAUAUCAGACCCAAAUUACAUCCGAUGGAUUCGGAAAGAAAAACACACCUCGUAAACUCCCGUCAUCCAGUACUGGAAAUGCAAGAUGACAUAAGUUUCAUAUCUAACGAUGUCACAUUAGAAAGCGGUAAGGGCGAUUUCUUAAUCAUAACGGGCCCAAACAUGGGGGGUAAAUCAACCUACAUUAGACAAGUCGGUGUUAUUUCUCUGAUGGCUCAGAUUGGUUGUUUCGUGCCCUGUGAAGAAGCUGAAAUUGCAAUAGUGGACGCAAUUCUUUGUAGAGUCGGUGCAGGUGAUUCUCAACUAAAAGGUGUGUCCACAUUUAUGGUCGAAAUUUUGGAAACUGCAUCUAUAUUGAAAAAUGCCAGUAAAAAUUCUUUAAUUAUCGUUGAUGAACUGGGGCGCGGUACAAGCACUUAUGAUGGGUUUGGUCUAGCUUGGGCCAUUGCAGAACAUAUUGCAGAUAAAAUCGGAUGUUUUGCCUUAUUCGCAACCCAUUUUCACGAAUUAACAGAACUUUCUGAGAAAUUGCCCAAUGUUAAAAAUAUGCACGUUGUGGCGCAUAUUGAAAAGAAUUCAAACGAACAAAAACAUGAUGAUGAGGACAUCACAUUAUUAUAUAAAGUUGAGCCUGGUAUUUCAGAUCAAUCGUUUGGGAUCCAUGUUGCAGAAGUUGUUCAAUUUCCAGAAAAAAUUGUUAAAAUGGCCAAACGUAAGGCGAAUGAACUGGACGAUUUGAAGACCACUAAUGAAGAUUUGAAAAAAGCUAAAUUGUCAUUACAGGAGGUCAACGAAGGUAAUAUUCGCUUAAAAGCUUUACUAAAAGAAUGGAUUCGAAAAGUAAAGGAGGAGGGUUUGGAUGAUCCGAGCAAAAUUUCUGAAGAAACUGCUCAGCACAAAAUACAAGAACUGUUGCGUACUAUAGCAAGUGAAUCGGAAAACGAAAAUGAUAACUACUUGAAGUACAUAAAGACCUUAUUAUUAUAA